UGCGUUACUACAGAGGGCGGUGCAGGGGCAGCAGUGUGAUGGAGGCUGGCCCUGGGGCGUCAGUUUACUCCAGCUAACUCCAAAACAGCUGAAGACAGGGGGGCUGAAAGAGACAUCAGCGAUCCUCGCUCAAGGAGGGGCAUAAAAACACUUCAGGUGCUUUUUUGAUCGGGUUUUAUAAGGAGAUCUCUGCUGGAUCUCCCUCACUGCGCUCCGCCCGGUGCUUGAGGACAGAAGAUGCCCAGGCAGUUCCUCUGCCCAGUGUUCGGCUCGUCACUGUGGUUGGCACUGAUACUACAGUCUCUCAUUUCCUCCGCCGCUACCUACAGGAGACCAGUGUCCGGAGGGAAGAGACAGAGCUUUCUGGAGAGAACCUUGAUUUUACUGGACGUGAAUACUCGAAGCCCGGUGAAAGUUUUGAAUGACAACUUCCUCUCGCUGCAGUUGGACCCAUCUAUCAUAAAGGAUGGCUGGCUGGACUUCUUAAGCUCCAAGCGGUUAGUCACUCUGGCACGGGGACUCUCUCCAGCUUAUUUGAGGUUUGGGGGCAAACGGACUGACUUUCUUCAGUUUCAUAACCUGAAGAAUCUUGCAAAGUUUAGAGGGCCUGGACCGGACUAUUACCUCAAAAACUAUGAAGAUGACAUAGUGCGCAGUGACUUCGCCCUGGACAAACAAAAGGGUUGCAAGCUGGCCAGCCACCCAGACAUGAUGCUGGAACUGCAGCGGGAGAAAGCGACUCAGAUGCAACAGGUCUUGUUGAAAGAACAGCUCUCCAACAUCUACAGCGAUGUUACAUUAACAGCCAGGUCUUUAGACAAACUCUACAACUUUGCCGACUGCGCGGGACUGCACCUGAUCUUUGGGUUGAAUGCCUUGCACAGAAACCCUGACAACUCAUGGAACGCCUCCAGUGCUCUGAGUUUGCUCAAAUACAGCGCCGGCAAAAAAUACAACAUCUCCUGGGAGCUCGGCAAUGAGCCCAACAGUUACCGCACAAUGGCUGCUCGUUCAGUCAACAGCUCUCGUCUGGCUCAGGAUUACGCUCUUCUGAGGACGUUACUGCAGUCGGUGCGUUUCUACAGCCGAGCUAACCUCUAUGGGCCCAACAUCGGCCGUCCUCGUAAAAACGCAAUCCUGUUACUAGAUGGGUUUAUGAAAAACGGUGGUUCUGUGGUUGACGCAGUAACGUGGCAACAUUACUACAUUGACAGGCGGGUGACCAAAGUGGAAGAUUUUCUGAAGACGAGACUUCUGGACACCCUCUCUGAACAGAUUAACAAGGUCUUAAAGAUCGUUCAAACUCAUGCUCCAGAGAAGCGUGUAUGGCUGGGUGGAGUUGGUCCUGCUUGGGCAGGGGGCACCAAUAAUUUGUCAGACACAUUUGCUGCUGGUUUUCUAUGGCUCAACACUCUUGGUAUCGCUGCAGCUCAUGGAAUUGAUGUUGUACUCCGACAUUCUUUUUUUGAUUAUGGAUACAAUCACCUCGUCGACCAGAACUUCAACCCUUUACCUGAUUACUGGUUAUCUCUGCUCUUUAAACGUCUGGUGGGCCCCAGGGUGCUUGCGGUGCACGUCGCAGGUCUCCAGAGGAAACCACGACCUGGACGGGUGAUCCGAGACAAACUCCGCAUCUAUGCUCACUGCACCAGCUUUCACAAUCAUGAUUAUGUCCGAGGGUCCAUAACCAUCUACAUCAUCAACCUGCAUCGAUCACGGAAGAAAAUCAAGCUGGCCGGGACUUUACGAAAUAAAACUGUUCACCAAUACCUGUUACAGCCCUUUGGCACAGAUGGACUUCACUCCAUGUCUGUGCAGCUGAACGGAGAGCACUUGCGUAUGGUGGACAAUGAAACAUUCCCUGAGCUGAAGCCACGGACGCUCAGGGCAGGAAGAACGAUAGCUAUGCCACCUGUUUCCAUCGGCUUCUAUGUCAUCAAGAAUAUUAAUGCUUACGCCUGCCGCAGAUAACACACACUGACCGACCUCAGACGAUCUUCUGCUCAAUGCACCAGCCCCUCGUGGCCUUCUUCUCUUUUUGUAAGCCCACAGAGACGUGGAAAAGACCCCUUCGUUCAAGCAAGGGUUGCACUGAAUGCUUCCAACAACAUUUCUCCUCUUUUUCCCCACAAGAGCAGCUUGACUUGUGGAAAGUGAAUGUAUUUUAGUUGCCCUUUUGUGUUUUUGUUGCUUUUGGUUGCAGGAGCAUAUAAUGAAGUCUCUGUCUCACUGUUCUUCACACUAGCAUCGCAGUGUCACUGAGAGCUUUGUAUUCUGGUGUUGAAGACCAUCGUAAGCUACAAUCCCAGUGCCAAUGUGCAGUUCAGAUGCGGUAAAAUAAUUUUGAAGUAUGCCCAGGCUGAAUCUAACUUUUUUCCCCACAUUUUCUGCUGUAAUUUUGGGGGAAAAUCUGCCGCCUUAAAAAAUAAAGGUUCCAUGAAGUGCUCCUAUUAUGCUAUUUUAAAGCUUCCCAAUUUUUUUUUUGGAGGUCUCCUACAAAAAUAGGUGAAAAUGCAUCCAACAAGGUCAAAAAACUUAAAUUGUCUAAUAAUAUACAUUUCAGCAUCACCUCUUUUCACAGUGUUUGAAACGGUUAGAUCAAGGAUCUGGUCUCUCUAAACCCCUCCUUUCCAAGAGCCAACUCUUCUCUGAUUGGUUGGUCUGGCCCAGUCUGUUGUGAUUGGUCUACAGCUUACAGUGUGUGUAACAAACCGAAACUCCCAUUACCAUCUGAAUUUCAGCUCCGCAGGCUUCCUCAAGCACUUGAUACACAAUGAUAUAUGGUGAAGGAAUUUCCCUUGCGAUAAUUUUUAAUGGCUCAAUAGCGUGAUAUGCAGUAUUACCGCCAUAUAUAUUAUAUAGAAAACGAAAUACAAAACUAAAUAGAGCGUUGAAUCAGGAAGUGAAUUAAACAGAAGAGAAGGGUCCACAUAACAGAGCAUAAACCUAACAAUAAGAUCGUAGGGCUAUUGUUAUAUGUAUAAUUGUUAGUUCCGAUCCUCGAAUUUGACUGGACAAAUUACUUUCUGCUGAUAUUUCACCAGCAGAACGGGCUGUUAGUCAGUGCAGUUACAUUGUUAUGCCACAAGGUGGCGACAAGGGACUGUCUUUGAGUGAGUUCAUUUGACUACACGUUCAAAAACUCGGAUUCAUUCAAAAACAAGCUGUUGAAAUUAUUUUAACUCUGAGCGCCACUGUAGAAGGCUUAGCUGACCAGAAAUGCGUCAGUGCUAAGACAGAGAUUUCGCUAUCCUUGAACAUGACAACCUUUUUUCACGAAUAUAUGUCUCAGCCUGAAGGACAGACACAGGUAAUCGCACGCGCUCAGUCGAUCUCUCUCAUAUUCACUGUAUGUUUAGGCUUGUCAAGUCUAUGGAGCCUCUGUACAAAUCAUCAUGGUACCCAUUAUUUUAUCAUUUCUAACUUAUUUAAUAUUCAGUACACAUGCACGAAGUGUAAAACCAGAAGGGCAUAACCUUAUGGGGAAAAAAACAGGCAAAUAUUGCGGUUGCUGCGGUUCUUGCAUUCCUCUGCGGUUAGUUCGUCAAUAGUGCGGUAUUACGAUAUUGCGUUUAUCCCGACAGCCCUAUACACAGUGAUACGAACAUUAACAAUGGCGUCUGUUUUACCGUAUCAGUUCGAGUCCUCAUCCUUUAGAAAUGCAUGCAAAGUGCAAAAUUUGCUUUAGCAGCGUAGAAAACAGCGCCUUUCUCAACAUGUCGACAACACAACUACACAGACGGGUCAAAGUAGACAUUUUUGACCGGCAGCCAAUGAAGACCAUAAGCUGGAAUAAUGCAAAUUUGUUACAAACCUAUGUGGGUUGGUGCAGGAAGUAAGACUGGGAUUACUGAGGAUGACAUUUCAGGCGGUUCAGAAUCGGUUCUUUUUUGGGGGAGACAAAAGCUUUAUUUAUUGUGCACUUUUAGCUUUGCAGGCCUUUACACACAGCUAUAUUACACACUACAUCAAAGGUAAAAUCCAAAAAAGCAUAAUAGGGGCACAUGGGAUCUUUCCAUUCCACAAAAGGUUGUUUAUAAUGGAAAAAGUUUCUUUGGAUUUUUAAUAAGGUUCUUCUAUGGCAUCGCUGCAAAGCCCCCUUUUGGAACCUUUACUUUUAAGAGAGUGUGGAAUAGAUUCAAACAUGGUAAAAAUGUGUUAAAGAGAACAGACAGUACUACACUCUUAUUGGUCGCUGGAAACAUUAUCAGAUUAGCCCAAAUAUUUUAAUGAUGAAAAUGCACAGGGCGAAAGAUGUAAAUGACAGCCGUUCCAAUUCUCCGGAGUUCUGUGGGUGCAGAUUCUGUGUGGGCCUGUCUGUCAGCUUAAUGUGAUUUAGCCAAGUAGGACGUGUUCCUGGAUCAACAUCCUUGUUGGUUGUUAAACAACAUUCCAGUCUGUCAACCAAUCAGAUUUUAGGGAUAGAUUUAAGGGGGUAGAACAAUGUUCUUUUCUACCAAUCAUUGUCCUUGGAUGUUAGGCGUAGAUUAUGCUUAGGUUGGGACUGUGUUUGCUAGAAAUGCUGUUCCAGGACCAACAAAGGAGAUUAAUCCUGCUAAAUCACAUUGUACAAACAACAGUUUGAUCUGAAUUACAUCUAUCUUGUGUACUUUUUGUUUCUGGGGUCUAAAUCCAAAAGGGAAAAUCUUGAUUUGUAAUCUUUGUUCUUCAUCACAGGACAGUAAAUAUAAAAUGUCCUUUACACCAUCUUUAAAACUUUUCUAUAAAACAUUGACCCAUGCCCUGACUAAUAUUGUGCAGUCUUGGAAUUUUAUUUGUAUUUUUUUUUUUUUUUUUUUUUAGUUGCUGCUUUAUAAAUUCAAACUGUACAACGAUUAAGGUACUAUGGGAAGAUACAGAUAUUUACUAAAAUAUCCUUAUACUUCAUUGCUAAAUUUGAAAGCAAUCGCAUAAUACACAAAACCAAUCAAUCAUCUUUAUGCUUUUCAAAAUUCAUGGGUUCUGUGAGAAAUACUGCUCUAUAUUUAUAAUGUUUACAAGUUUACAAGAAUUCCCAUUGUAGUUCAGACUCUCUUGAAGCCUGAAAGGAAAGAGUAGGGAGUUUUUGAAGGUACCAGUUUGCUUUAUGAAAAACUGUGUAUCACAUACAGUUUGUUGAGGAGCUCAGGAAAUUAGCUCAAUUGUUGUCCAUUAGUGUCAUGUAUACAUGUAUACUAUAACAUUGUGAACCUGAGCUUACAGUUCUCCAGAUUUUGUUUGCUAAUAAACACUACCUUAUUCCAUGUUGAUACAGGGGCCCUAAAAAGUGUUGGACAGUUAAGUCACACUUAAAAAUGUAAUUACAUUAAAAAAAAAUGCCACUUGGCUUGAUAUUUUGUAAUUAAUAAAACAUUUUUUUAAGUGUUGCGUGAGUGUCCAAAUACUUUUAGGGCCACUAUAAAUCCCAUGUACAGCAAUUCCUUUGUGCUGCUAGCUGACUAAAUAAUAGUAAUAAGCAUGAUGAGUGACAAAUGUUUUUGUACAGGUUCAAACCUUUUGUUAUAUUAGUAAAUGUACAUACAAUUGGUUUUUUAAACAGUGUGCUUCCUUGCUCUAUAAAUAUUAUUUAUAUAAAUUUAUAUGUGUGUUUACGAGUGUGUGUGUGUACAUAUUUACAUAUUGUGUUGAGAAAAACAGUUGACUUUUAUUUAAGUCACUACAUAUUGUCAGAUAAUUAAUAUUGUACUUUUUGUAAAACAUACAGCACAGACUGAUGUUAACGUUUGGCAAUAAAAAUGGCCUUUUAUUUUCAAAUGUAUCGUGUUGCUCACAGUUGCACACUUGUGUAUCACAAUGUUUUGCAUUGUAUGUUCUUUGGACACUCAACCACAAAGCAAAAAUAGUAAUUCGGCUUUCAAACAGAUUCUAUGGAAAGUUUUUGAAAAGUGUUGACUCUUUAUUUGGUCAUGACAGUGUGUAUAGUCAGUUUUCCAGGGUCAAUAAUUCUGUCUACAUCAUAUUUUAUUAGAUUUGGAAGAUUCGUUUGUGAUUUAGAGAUUUGUAUGGUCUUUGAUUUGUAAAAUGUCACUUUUACAAGCUAUUUUUUUUCCUUUUUUGAAUGUGUUUAUUGCAAAUUUAGAGUUGUUAAUAUUUUUUUUCUGUUAAAGAGCAUUAUUUUAUUAUGGAAAUGUUUGUGUCUGAAUACUAUUUUUGUCAAAAUAUAUAAAUAAAAUAAUAUUAAAAAUG